AUGGGGGUCGAGGUCACGGAACACAAACGCCAAAUGCUGCUGCACUCGAUUGCAGAUUUGGCACGCUCCAGAUUAAACAUGAAUGCAGGCAACACUUUACGUGCAACAUCGACGUCUGCUCUUGAGACGAUUACUGGAGGUGACGCUGCUGUCCUUUCUGCUAGCUCAUCAAUGUUGCCAAUGUCACGUACCGUGCAAAGUAGCGCAACAGAGAUACCCGAGGAAUUGGCAUUGCUGCAAAAUGCUUGUUUAAGAAUAUCUCAGUCAUCUCCGCGCCUUGUUGGCACUUCAGUAGUCGAAACAGAAGUCGAAGCUGAACAAGUUGAAGAAAAAUGUGAUAAAAACAGCCGUUUUCCUAGCAGGAUUGAGCAUGCGUCAUCACGAUGUACAACAACUGCCUCAGAGGCUUCGAAUGAUCAUACAAGUGACGAGUCAAUUAUGUACGCAUUAGCACUGCUUCGCAAAUUCCAUCAGCUUGCAUGCGACAGUGAGCAUGGCGAGGCUGCGGUGCAACGUGUAGAGCUUGACCAGAUUUUGUAUGGUUUUUCACGUGCACUUGAAACCGUGACCUCAACAUGGGAUGAACGAAGUGUUGAAAACACAAUGCAGAAGUUGUUUGAUACUCACUCGAACGUGUUCGACGAAAGCAUGCAACAUUUUUUCAUUCAAAACUUCUUGCAUGAAUCGGAAAGUGUAAAAACCUUUCGUGGUGCGCUGCGUCGGACGAGCAUGUUGCGACGCUGUCUGCUAGCAAUGUAUCAGUCGGAUCAUCUAGAUGGUGAAAACGGUAGCAACAGCGGUGAUAAAGAGACUGUUGCGCAACGGUGGAGCAUAGCAGUAGCACGUGUUAUGAAGCAAAAAGAAGAGCAGCGGCGUCGUUGUUCUCUCGAGGUUUGCCCCGAAAUCACAAAUCCAUCCGUUGUUCUUGCUGUGCAGAGCGAAAUCGCCAAAAUUGAUACUUGGAAUUUUGAUGUCUUUGCGAUUGCGACAGCAGUUCCUGGUCAACCAUUGUGCAUCAUUGCAAAUGCGCUAUUAGAGCAGUACGAAAUUUGUUGUCAUUUUCGAACAACUAAAACGUGCGUUCAAUCGUUUUUACGACAUGUCGAGCGCAGGUACCAUGCACACCCGUAUCACAAUUCCGAACACGCUGCUGACGUGACACAAACUUUACACCACUUUCUGUCUGUCGGAAACUUCGGCAGCUUAUUUACCGACCGCAUCAAGUGCACGGCUCUUUUGGCAGCAAUCAUACACGACGUUGGUCAUACAAGCUAUAGCAAUAACUUCCACAUUACAGUAAACGACGACUUGGCUGUCCAAUAUGUGUAUCGUUCACCUCUAGAGCACAUGCAUUGUGCAUUGGCCUUUCAGUUACUAAAGGAACCACAAUGCAAUAUCCUUCAAGGUCUCACAAAGGUCGAACAGCACGAGGUUCGCAGUUUGAUCACUGACAUGGUCCUAGCUACGGACAAUAGCGUACAUUCCGCGUUUUUAGGCAAACUUGAUAUUCUCGUGCGAAGAGCAACAGAAGAAGGUUGGAAAGUUGCUGAUCCGGAUGAUGAUCGUCUGGUCUUGCAAAUGAUUCUGCACGCUGCGGAUGUAUCCAAUCCGUCUAAGUCGCUGCGCAUAUAUCUCAAUUGGACGGAGCGGAUUAAGGAAGAAUUUUACCAGCAGGGCGACAAAGAACGCGAGCUGCUGCUUCCCGUAAGCAUAGGCUACGAUCGAGAGCAGCCAAUUCCACUCGAAAAGAUGCAGGCGGGCUUUAUCAUUGGCAUAGUAAGGCCACUCUUUUUAACUCUGAGCCACCUGCCUUGUGCACGCCUAAACCAUUGCGUGGAGCAGCUGGACGCCAAUCUUAUGUAUUGGCAGGAUGAAAUAAAUCGCAACAAGCCACAAGUAUCGCUUCUUAAACCUGCAAUCUCUAUGAACAAAGACGUAGACGCAGGCACUUCUCUACUCGUUGCUGUUGACAGCGCGUAG